AUGGCAACGCAACACAAUAACUAUAAACGUCGAGGGCAGCCCAGUGUCCAUAAUCCUGAAGAUCAACAAGAAUCUCCUAGAGAUUCAGAAAACCUUAUGGAUGCGGCAACUCGCCUUAUAGAGGCUUUCACUAGUGGGCAAACCGCCAUGCAACAUCCUCCGUUGUUUGAUGGCAAGGGUACGGAAUUAGAUGCAGAUAAUUGGUUAGAGCGCUUGGAGAAAAUUUUCAGUGUAAUCAGCUGUACCGAGGAACAAAAGGUAGAAUUUGCAGCAUAUAACUUGGCUGAUGUGGCCAAUGGGUGGUGGAAGGCCACUCGCGGAUUUAUUCAGCAGGAAUUGGGUGAAGCUACCCCUAUAUCAUGGAAUAAAUUUAAAGAGGCAUUUAAUGACCGGUUCUUUCCUGUAUCCAUUCGAGAGGCCAAGGCCCGAGAGUUUGCUAACUUGAAACAAGGGACAAUGACAGUGAGACAGUAUGCAUCAAAAUUUGUGGAGUUGUCGAGAUUUGCCCCACACUUGGUCCACACCGAGGCACUGAAGGCCGAGAAGUUUGAGUGA